GGGACCUCACUCACAACCUCACUUGCUUCCUUCUCUAUCUCCAAAUACAGUCAAAUGUGUUAAGGGACACAACUCAGUUCCUACCAAAAGUGACACCAGAUUAUACCUGAAGGGACAGAUGCUCAGGAACAAAUUUAAAACCUAGCUCCUGAAGCCAUUCAGGGUCUCCAGCAUGCUUCUCUAACCAUAUUCCUUUUCCUUCCCUUCUAGAGAGGAAAGGCUUCAUCAUGUCUGUGGUUGAGUAUCUCUGGGACACAUGGAGCACAGUGGCCCUGCAGCUCCUGGCGACCAUAGACGGAUUCGGAAAACAACUUGUGGAAAGAGCUGGUCUGUCCAGUUUCUCUCCAUUUAAGUUGAUGUUGGCUGUCGGCAUGUUGUUGAUUGUUUAUAUUAUAUUUAGGAAAGUGAAAGAUGCCUCACGUGAGAAGGGAAGGUUUCUGGAAGUUUACCCUCAGAUGAAACGGGAGCUUGAGGAGAGCAUCAGGAAGCUCCACGCCCUUGCAGACAAGAUUGACAAGGUGCACAGGGGCUGCUCCACCGCACAAAUGGUGGCCAAGUCCACCGGUGCUGCGUCUGGAUUCCUGACAGUCCUUGGUAUCGCUCUGGCACCUGUGUCAGCAGGAUUCAGUCUGGGACUUUCAGCCACAGGCUUGGGGCUUGGGGCAGCAGCAGCUGUGACAAGUGUUUCCACAACCAUUGUGGAAAAGGUAAGCACAGCAUCAGUAGAAGCUGAAGCUAGACAGCUUCUGACAAGGAGCAACGACACUGAGAACGACAUUAAAAGCAACAAUACUGAGAAGGACAUUACAGAAUCGUUGGAGAAGAUCACCACUGGGCUUGUUUCUGUAUCUAAGCAAUUUGUUAACACUGUGGAUGACAUAAAGAAGAAUAUUGAUGCCAUCAAGCUGACCAAAGCCAACCCUCGCCUAGCAAAUAAAGCUAAGCGUCUAAUGACCACAGGGAAGGUGUCAGCCAAAAGCACGAAAGAGGUGAAGAAAGCCUUUGGAGGCACUGCGCUGGCAAUGACCAAAAACGACCGGAUCUUUGCUGCAGCCACUGCAAGUCACUCCCUAGCACUAGAUAUAAUUAGCAUCAUAGAAGACACAAAGCAUUUGCAGGAGGGUGCACAGUUUGCUGGAAAGCUGCGGCAGAAGGCUCAGGAACUGGAGAAGAAGUUGCAGGAGCUCAUCCGGGUUCAUGACAGCCUGACUCAGUGACCCCUUCUUCAGUGCAGCUCGGAGGACUGGGGGUGGGGUGUGCUGGACAGAGCCAUGGACACUUGAUGGUUCUGAAUGUAUCCCCUUUAUAACAAUACCACGAUGGUGGUAGUGCCUGUUAGAGGAGAGGCCACAUCAAGAGAAAGGAAACCAGAACACAGAACACAGAUGGGACAGGCUUGUUACCUCCCACUAGACUCCACCUCCCUCUUAGAUCUCACAACCUCCAGCAUCCCACAUAAGGACCACGCUCCCAAGCUGGGAAGAACAUCCAAGGCCUGACUAAGCCACAGCAUGGCUGUUCCCCAGUCACACCCACCACACUGCUCCCAACAGAGGCUCACUAUCCUCACAGGUCCCUGAGCUGCCAACUUUCCCACUGCUUUCUGAUUGCUUGCAUAGAGACCUUUUCCUUCUUCCUAGUUUUGC